AUGGCUUCAAAGGUAGAAAGGCAUUGGAUAGCCUUAGGUUGGACUAAACCACAUGAAUUCCAUCUUAACGUACGCGUCGAUGUUUUCGCUAUAGAGUCAAUAAAAAAGAUUGCUUAUCUCUCUUCCUUUUUCUCCCAUACGAUACAGGCAAAGGCAAUGGGAAAUGAAACUCAAAAAGCCCCAACUUUCGCCAAGCUUUUCAGUUCCCAUUUCCAAUUAGUUCAUCUCUUUCAUCUUGUGUCCUUUGUUAUUGGUUUGUCCCUAGGAAUUAUAGCUAGUUCCAAUUCCCACUUACAUAUAGAUCAUCCCUUCUUGUUUCCAUCCCUGCAACCCUUACUAUCACCACCACCAUCAUUGCUUCCACUAUCACCGCCACCCUUGCCGCCCCCUCCACCACCACCCCCAUCUGUACCUCAUCAUAGUAGUUUUGACUCAAAUAUAUGGGCACCUCUCAUGCACAAUAUGAGUGAUGAAGAGUUGUUUUGGCGAGCAUCGUUUGUUCCGAGAGUUAAAGAGUUUCCAUUUGAGAAUGUCCCUAAAAUCGCCUUCAUGUUCUUGACAAAGGGAGCUUUACCUCUAGCCCCUUUGUGGGAGAUGUUCUUCAAAGGACAUGAGGGGCUUUACAACAUAUAUGUUCACCCCCAUCCCCUUUACAAGGAUUCUGUGCCAGAGGACUGUGUUUUUUAUGGAAGAAGAAUUCCAAGCAAGCCCGUGGAAUGGGGAAAAGAGACGAUGAUCGAUGCAGAGAGGCGGCUUUUAGCGAAUGCUCUCCUUGAUUUCACAAACGAGAGAUUUGUGUUGCUCUCGGAGACUUGCAUCCCUUUAUUUAACUUCACAACAAUAUACAAUUACCUCCUCAACUCCAAUCAAAGUUAUGUAGGUUCAUAUGAUGAUCCAAGGAAGGUAGGCCGUGGCAGAUACAACCCCAAAAUGUUCCCUGCCAUUUCCAUAGCUCAAUGGCGUAAAGGCUCCCAAUGGUUUGAAGUGACUCGCAGCCUUGCUAUCGAAAUCGUAUCAGACAAAAAAUACUACCAGAUUUUUAGAGAAUAUUGCAGCCCUCCUUGCUACAUGGACGAGCACUACAUACCAACCUUGGUGUUGAUUGUUUGGCCAGAGCAAAACUCGAAUAGGAGUGUUACUUGGGUAGAUUGGUCAAAGGCUGGUCCUCACCCUGGGAAAUUUGGGAAGGGAGCUAUUUCGGAAGAUUUUCUGAAUAAAGUAAGGUUUGCUGGUAAUUGCAGUUAUAAUGGGAAUAUUACUUCCAUGUGCUUUCUGUUUGCUAGGAAAUUCCUGCCAAAUACAUUGCACCCUUUGUUGGACAUUGCAACCAUGUUGUUAAGCUCUAAUCAAUUCUUGACAUGA